CUUCAAUUUCAUUUUUCGCAUGAAUAUGUAAGGUGUGUACGGACGCGCAUACUUUCAUUAAAAUUUAUUGCUCCAUAUAUGUGUCUAAUGUAGACCGUGUACAGGUGUAGGUUAGUGAAAAAUCUAGUCAAUGGCAUUCCUAUAAAUAGAUCCAAAGAUCCAGCCAUGAAUUGUUCAAAGUGUUUACUCAUUUUCUUGAAUGUUUUGUAUUUGUGUUCGUCAGUACUGAUUGUAACAGCUGGUAUCAUUGCUAAAAUAUUUGUCGGAAAUUAUGAUUUCCUAAGCGAAGGUAUUUCGAUAUUUUCCACACUAUGGAUUGCGGCGGGGUGUUGCCUGUUGGUGAUAUCCAUAUUUGGAAUAACCGUUUCGUUUGGUAGCAGUACGAUCCUUAUCAAUGGGUAUGCCAUUCUAUUGGCUGCAAUUGUGGUUCUACAAAUAUCAGCAGCCGUAGCAGGCUUUUCGGUCAGUGCAUGCAGAUCAAAGGAAAUUAUAUCCGAUACCAUGACAUCACUCAUUCAAUCAUACGAUCAUCAAAAUGACACCACCACAUCUAGGGAGACAAUUGAUUGGAUUCAGUCGAAGUUUCAUUGCUGCGGAAACAAGAGUCCCGAUGAUUGGACGGCGCUAAAACCAGCUGAAGACGGAAGUAAAAAUUAUCCAUUUUCGUGUUGUGUUCACGAAGUAGAUGGCGGUAAUGCUCAGUGUACGGAUCACUUCAAAAAUGGAUGUUUGAACGAUGUGCAUGGAAUUGUAUCCGACCAUGUCGCUAUGAUUAGUUUAAUCGCUUUGGUUGUAGCUGCCGUUCAGAUCAUCGGAAUCUUUGCAGCAUACUUGCGCAACAAAGCAAUCCGAAAUAGUCGGAAGCUUGAUGAUACUGACUACACGAAGCUGGACACCAAAGGUCAUAGUUUUUACUAGGUUAAAUUCGAUGGAUUGUGACAGGUCCAAGGAUUAGUGGCUAAGAUGUGUGAGAAAUUAGACGAAUAAAUUCUGAAGUAAAGAGAAUCAUCGUCGGAGUA